AUGGCUUCUUCCUCCUUCACGAUCCGGACGCCCUGCUCGUCCGCCAACAUCGGCCCGGGCUUCGAUGUCAUCGGCCUGGCCCUGUCGCUCUAUCUGGAGGUCCACGUCACCGUCGACUCGUCCAAGACCUCGUCGCAACACCCGCUCAACUGCGUGAUCUCGUACGAGGACCACAGCGGGAGCACCGAGGAGAUCAGCCUCGACCCGGAGGUCAACCUGAUCACGCGCGUUGCCCUCUAUGUCCUCCGCUGCCACAACCAGCGCGCCUUUCCCGUCGAGACCCAUGUCCAUAUCAAAAACCCCAUUCCGCUGGGACGCGGCCUGGGGUCCUCCGGCACCGCCGUCGUCGCCGGUGUCACUCUGGGGAACGAAGUCGGACGCCUGGGCUUGACGAAGGACCGUCUACUGGAUUACUGCUUGAUGAUCGAACGACACCCCGACAACGUGGCGGCGUCGUUAUUCGGUGGCUUUGUGGGAACGUACCUGAACGAGCUCAAGCCAGAAGACGUGGCUCGUAUCGAGAUCCCUCUCAGUGAAGUCCUGCCCGCUCCAGCCGGUGGUGUCGACACAGGGGAAAGGCCCCCUGAGCCUCCGGUGGGCAUUGGCCAUUACCGGAAAUUCGGAUGGGCCAAGGAGAUCAAGGCCAUUGCCAUUAUCCCCGACUUUGUGGUGCCCACUGCCAAUGCGCGAGACGUCCUCCCCAAGCAGUACUCGAAAGCGGAUGUGGUGUUCAACUUGCAGCGCGCUGCGCUACUCCCGGCGGCUCUGAGCACCUCUCCGCCCGACCCUGACAUGAUCUACUUGGCCAUGCAGGACAAGGUCCAUCAACCGUACCGGCAGACCCUCAUCCCCGGUCUGACCGAGAUUCUGCAAUCGAUGAACCCGAGCACUCAGCCCGGUUUGCUCGGGAUCUGCCUCUCAGGUGCCGGGCCUACCAUCCUGGCUCUCGCCACGGAUCAUUUCGAGGAGAUCGCGAACCGCAUCAUCUCGCAAUUUAACCGCAACAACAUCUCCUGCAAGUGGAAGUUGCUCGAACCAGCGCAGGAGGGCACGACAGUUGAACGGGCGUAA